UCGGGGCAGGCAGGCCCGGCAGGAGCGGCGCGGUUCGGGUAGAAGGCUGCGGGCUAUGGCCUCGGAGGAGCUGGCGCAGAAGCUGCAGCGGCGGCUGCAGCUGGAGGAGAGCGGAGUGGCGGUGGAGGGCGAGGAGGUAGCGGCCAAGGGCGAGGCGGCGGCCGGGGCCGAGGCGGAGCGGAGCUGCCUGACGGCCAGCGCGGGCGCGGAGCUGAGCGCCAAGCUGUGCCGGCGGCAGGACAUCAACGAGGGGGCGGCGCAGCCCCGGCAGGCCGCGGUGUUCAACGUUUACACCGAGUUCAAGGAGUUAAGCCGCCGGCAGAUCAAGGACAUGGAGCGCUUGUUCCGCCUGUAUGACUCAGGACGGGAUGGAUACAUUGACCUGAUGGAACUGAAGCUGAUGAUGGAAAAGCUGGGAGCCCCGCAGACCCACCUGGGGCUGAAGAACAUGAUCAAGGAGGUGGAUGAAGACUUUGAUGGGAAGCUCAGCUUCUGUGAGUUCCUGCUGAUUUUCCAUAAAGCUGCAGCUGGGGAGCUCGAGGAGGACAGCGGCCUGUUGACUCUUGCAAAGCUCUCGGAGAUAGAUGUCUCCAUUGAGGGAGUCAAAGGAGCCAAGAACUUCUUUGAAGCUAAGGUUCAAGCCCUCUCUUCAGCCAGUAAGUUUGAAGCAGAGAUAAAAGCUGAGCAGGAUGAGCGAAAGCAGGAAGAGGAAGAGAGGAAACACCGCCGAGCAGCUUUCAGGGAGUUAAAGUCUGCAUUUAUCCAGUAACCGGCCAGCCAAUAUGCACUCUGAGAUUGCACGUGACUUGGUACGUUUCCCAAAUUAGGGCUCUACCUGGAGAGAACUGCUUGGAUCCUGCCUAAAACUUGUUACCGCUUUGCUAACCUUCCUUUCCUGAAGAUCCUCCUGAGUAUAAGGGCACAGUUCUUGCAGUUACUAUGCAUUCAUAACAAUGUGAAUCCUAAGAGCUGUGUACAUGCUGUUGUGCUCUGAACUGUCAGGAGUACAUCACCCUGAAGCAGACACAGCAGGUAGCAAAUCAUGGGUGAGCACUGACGAGUGUCAUGCUUACCUACUUUAUUCUUUCCUUCUUUUCUAUACGUUCUUUUUCUCUUAACACCAUAUUAAUUAAUUCCUUCCUUGCAGGCAAGUAGUGAGGUCUUGUGUAAAUCAGGGUGUACAAAUUACAGCUUGACUUCCUGUAUGUUUGUAUUGCUGUUGGGUGUUGUCACCCUUUUCUUUCUCAAAGCCCUGUGCCACAGGCACUGUGAAAACACUGUGAAGAGAGAAAGAUAGUUACUAGGACAUGGAUCAAAUUAGUUACCAUUUCCUGUAGUUUUUCUGCCACCCAGCAUGUUGUAGAGUCUUCCAGUUUUUCUUCUCUGAAGUGCCAUAGUUACAAAUCUUUCUAUAAGAGGCAAGAAUUCCCCAGACUUUGAAGGGAGGAAGCUGGCUCUCUCUUAAAUGAGGAAUAGAAAACUGAAUUGCCUGACCAUGUAUCUUCUUUCACAUUCCAUCACAUUUAGUGUACUGUACGGCUUCACUGUAUUUUCCAGCCUUAGGCAGCUGUAUGUGUUUUUAAGGGAUAUUGCCAGCUGGACAAUGCAAUCAGAUGGCACAAGGGGUUUUCUAUUUGGAAAUCCUGAAUCAUGAAGGUGACAUUGUGAUUUUAUUAGAGCCAUGACAUACCAUCAGCCCAGCAUAUUGAGCAAUCCCUGCUCAAGAAGGACAGAGCAGCAAGGUGAGCACAUUUAGCUGAACUGAAAUCAGAGGGCUUGCACUGUACUAUUAGCCAUUUUCUUCUGCAAACACAGGAAACUUGUCCACAAAUGUUAAAAUGCCCACUGCUCAUCUGGAUACAUACACUGUAGGUCAGGGGAGCUGUGUUCCCUCUGAGACCUCUCUUGAAACAUGGGUUUGCUCAAAUUUUGCCUCUGCUAUUGCCCCACUUUAUGCUUCUUUUCUUUCCAGAAUGAAACUCACCAGUUAUGUUUUAAUUUGUCUGUUUUGCUUCUUAAACUGUGAGCACUAAACUGUGAGCAUGGAAUAAUAAAUAGAAAAAAACUCUCUUUAAUGUCAGGUGAAAGAAUUGCUAAACAAUUAAACUGUGUAUAUAUAUCUUCACAGAUUAUAUUUUAUAAAUCAUGCUUUUUUAGCUAAAUAUUUAUAAUUAAAUGUUUUUAUACUUUACAACAAAGCAGAUAAUUUCAUCUUUCAAUUAUUUCUCCUGUUGCUGAAAUGUACAAAUAAAGCAUUGUUAUCUUCUGUC